GAAGGCGCGACAUUGAGCGUAAAAUUAUUAUUUGACGAGGUAAAUAUACAUCAGCAUAACGUGAGCGAUUGUCCGGUGAUGUAAUUCACAGAAUGCGCUGACACUGAUCGUUACUACACGUUAUGACCUCAUCGCAGUAUCGUAAGGUACGUCAAGAUAGUCGUCGCUCGGGUCUGCCGCGCGAAUUAAUUAAGGACUGUAAAUUAUUCGCCGCGGGUCACCAUGUGCUCGCGAUUGUGCGCGACGCUGCUCUCGAUAUUAAUCUUGCCCGGGGCACGCGCGAUUCAACCGUUCAAUGGGAACACCUUACCGCCGAAUAUCUCGGAGAAGCUCGACGAUUAUUGGCAAACCUACAAGACGCAGUUUAAUAAGACAUACGCAAAAAAUCUGGAAAACGCGAGAAGAGCGUGUUGGGAGCAAAAUCUUGUGGAGAUUUAUAAGCACAAUUUAAUGGCUGCCGCAGGGCAUCAUAGUUACACACUGCGAGAUAAUCAUAUUGCCGAUCUCAACACUCGACAAUAUAUGCGCGAAAUGGUGAAACUGAUGCCGAGUCGAAGACGUCGACUGCCGACCGAACCGAUCGUGUCGGCUCUGAAGGAUCCUCGCGAAAUACCAAAACGUCUGGAUUGGCGCGAAUACGGUUUCGUCACUCCGCCGGUGAACCAACGGAGUUGCGGGAGUUGUUACGCUUACUCGAUCGCGGAAAGUAUAGAGGGGCAGAUAUUCAAGCAGACCGGCAUGCUGCUAUCCCUGAGCACACAACAGCUGGUAGAUUGCAGCACGGCGACCGGGAACCUCGGCUGCGUCGGCGGCUCCCUUAGGAACACUUUGAAAUAUUUGGAAAAGUCGAAAGGUCUCAUGGCUAGAUCCAUGUAUCCCUACAACGGCGAGCAAGGGGAAUGCAGAUUUCAGAGGGACCAGAGUGUCGUCAAUAUAACAUCGUGGGCAAUCCUACCGGCGCGGGACGAGAAGGCUCUGGAAAUAGCAGUGGCGACAAUAGGUCCCAUAGCCGCCUCCAUAAAUGCCAGCCCAAAGACAUUCCAGCUUUAUCACAAAGGCAUCUACGACGAUCCUCAAUGCAGCUCGGACAUGGUGAACCAUGCGAUGCUCGUCGUCGGAUAUACGCCGACCGAGUGGAUCCUGAAGAACUGGUGGGGCAAUAGUUGGGGUGAAAAUGGCUACAUGCGACUGGCGAGAAACAAAAAUCGUUGCGGCGUAGCGAACUACGCGGCCUAUGUUAAAGUUUGAGAAUUCCAUUUCUCUCGAAUUUGAUCGAAAAAACUCUCGCGUGUAUACCUCAGAAAAAUAUGUUACAAUAAUUUUUACAUCUGACACGAAACAAAUUGUGCGAUAAAUCGAUAGAUAUUUACGGCGGUUGCGCUAGUCUGCGAUAAAUUCAUUGCGUCGGACAUUUUAAUGUUUUUAGGAUAUUAAUUGACACCACGCUAAAUCCAAGAAUCGAGGUCAAAAAAUUCCUGUCACGUACCGAUUUUUUUUGUAUUGAACUAUUAGCGGAUUCGAUUGGGGACACACUAGUGCGCGUCGGUGCAUAUUAAAAUCGUUGUCCACUAUUUUAAUGCUGCAACUCGCGUGACAAUUAAUUAAAAUAUAAUUAAAACAUAUUUGGUAGAUCCUUAAUGCCUUAAGGACAUAAACAAGUUUGAUGCAAUAAAUGAGUAAGGAUCA